AUGUAUUUGCACCAUUUCGGAACAGAUGGGUCCCUUUUACGGUCUGGAGGAAAGACCAAAGGAGUACUAUCCUGGAGAGCGUAUUGGUGGAAUGAGACUUGGAGAUAUCCUCGGGCCUGCGUACCCUAUCCCUUUAUGAUCCUUGUUGGCUCUGUGACUCUUUCUAAAAAUGCUGGCCUAUAUCAUGUUCAUUGUUUUAAUUGUACCCUGACUAAUUGUAUAAGAGGUAUGGAAAAUAAUUCUGGGGCUCUGAUAGUUAAACAACCGCCCUUCGUCAUGAUGCCUGUAAAUCUUACUGAGCCCUGGUAUGAAGAGUCAGGGCUUGAGCUGUGGAAUAAAGUGCGUACAGCCCUUGCUAGGCCACGAAGGGGGAUAGGAUUAAUAAUUCUAGGAGUAGUAACGCUUAUAACUUUAAUUGCUUCUGCUGUUACUGCUUCUGUAUCCUUAGCUCAAUCUGUACAUACUGCUAAUAUUGUAGAUGAUUUAGCAAAGAACACUUCAAAAGCUUUAGGAAUUCAGGAAGAUAUAGAUAGAAAACUAGAAGAUAGGCUAAAUGCCCUCUAUGCUACCGUGAGAUUUUUGGGAGAAGAAAUAUUAGGCUUGAAAUUGAGGGCAAAAAUCAGGUGUCAUGCUAAUUAUCAUUGGAUUCGUGUAACUCCAAAAAUUUAUAAUAAUACUGAGACCCCUUGGAAUAAGAUAAAAUUACAUUUAGAUGGUAUUUGGCAUAAUGAAAACAUUUCCUUAGAUCUAUUACAACUUCAUCAGAAAAUUCUUGAUAUAGAAAAUGCUCCUCGGGCUAGUAUGGAUUUGGCAGAAAAUGCUGAAGAGUUUGUUAACAGUUUGUUUUCCAAUUUUCCCUCAAUAACCUCACUUUGGCAUCUUUUUUCAGGGGCCAUGGCCAUGCUUCUGGUAUUAGCGCUUUUUGUGUGCAUUACUCCUUGUAUCAUAAAGAAAUUUGUCAAAGAGUUGUGGGACAUCAAGGCUGUCCUACACAGUAAUUAUUUACGCCAAAAGAAUCAGGCGUGCCAUUUUAUUAAAUAAAAGAGGGGGAGCUGCGGGGAGCGGCUUGAAAAAGCUGACU